AUGGGGACUGACAGUGAAAACCCAGUCCUGAGGAACAUGCUUAUCAGCUUCAACUUGCUACUGCUAGGCGCCAUCCUCAAGCCUUUUGAGUGCCGACUAGAAGUGACAACAGAGGCAGCCAAGAGGCCAGUGGUGGAUGAGGAGGGCAGCGUUGCCAACUGCAGCCCAGCCAUCAAAGAGCAGCCCAUGGUCUUCCACCACAUCUACAACAUUAACAUCCCCCUGGACAGCUGCUGUUCAUCAAUGCUCAAGUCUUCAGCUGAGGAGGUGAGUUCGGAAGACGACAGGAUGGCGGAGUAUGCAGAGCAGACCUCAGACAGCGAGAGCCAGGUCACCUUCACCCACAGGAUAAACUUCCCCAAGCAGGCUUGCAAGUGCUCCACCUCCUUCCCGUCCAUGCAGGAUCUGCUGAGCAGGAUUGAGAUGCUGGAGAGGGAGGUCUCCAUUCUCCGGGACCAGUGCAACUCCAAUUGCUGCCAAGAAAAUGCAGCCACAGGGCAGCUGGACUUCCUGCCGCCCUGCAGCGGGCACGGCAACUUCAGCCUGGCGGCCUGCGGCUGCGUCUGCGACGAGGGCUGGGCGGGCAGCAACUGCUCGGAGCCGCGGUGCCCGGGGGGCUGCUCGCGCCGCGGCGCCUGCGUGGAGGGCCGGUGCGUGUGCGACGGCGGCUACGGCGGCGACGACUGCUCCGAGCGGCGCUGCCCGGCCGACUGCGGCGCCCGCGGGCUCUGCGUGGACGGCGCCUGCCUCUGCGAGGACGGCUUCGCCGGCGACGACUGCGGCCAGCCCCGCUGCCCCAACGCCUGCAGCGGCCGCGGCGCCUGCCGCCGGGGGCUCUGCGCCUGCGAGGGCGGCUACGCGGGGGCCGACUGCUCGGCAGGUAGGGGCCCGGCCGCCCUCGGGGCGAGGGGGCUCGCCGUCCCGCGUGACGCCCCCUGCCCUUCCCCGCCAGUGGCGCCGCCGGAAAACCUGCGCGUGGCCGCCGUGGGCGACGACAGCGUGGAGCUGGCGUGGGACGGCCCGCCGGCGGCGGCGGAGUUCGUGGUCUCCUACGAGCCGGCGGCGCCCGGGGGUGGCCGGCUGCAGCAGCGGGUGCCCGGCAACCGCGGCGCCGUCACCGUCCGGCCGCUGGAGCCCGGCCUGACGUACAACCUCAGCGUCUACGCCGUGCUCGGCGACGUCCUCAGCGCCCCCGCCACCGCCAGGGCGACCACCAAGCUCGCCACGCCGCGGGGGCUCGCGUUCAGGACCGUCACGGAGACCACCGCCGAGGUGCAGUGGGAGCCCUUCUCCUUCCCUUUCGACGGCUGGGAGAUCAGCUUCACCCCCAAGAACAACGAAGGCGGCGUCAUCGCGCAGCUCCCCAGCAGCGUCACCACCUUCAACCAGACGGGCCUCAAGCCGGGUGAGGAGUACACGGUCACCGUGGUGGCCCUCAAGGAGCAAGCCAGGAGCCCCCCCGCAUCCGACAGCGUCUCCACCUUAAUUGAUGGUCCAACCCAGAUCCUGGUGCGGGACGUCUCCGACACCGUGGCCUUCGUGGAGUGGACGCCGCCGCGCGCCAAGGUGGACGCCAUCCUGCUGAAGUACGGGCUGGUGAACGGGGAGGGAGGGAAGACCACCUUCCGCCUGCAGCCCCCGCUGAGCCAGUACUCCCUGCAGGCCCUGCGCCCGGGCUCCCGCUACGAGGUGGCCGUGAGCGGCCUGCGAGGCACCAACGAGAGCGACGCCGCCCUCACCCACUUCACCACAGAGAUCGAUGCCCCCAAGAACCUGCGCGUGGGCGCCCGGACGGCGGCCAGCCUCGAGCUCACCUGGGACAACAGCGAGGCCGAGGUGCACAGCUACCGCGUGGUCUACAGCACCCUGGCCGGGGAGCAGUACCACGAAGUGCUGGUGCCCCGCGACAGCGGCCCAGCGACCAGGGCCACCCUCACAGAUCUGGUGCCAGGGACCGAGUAUGGCAUUGGAAUAUCAGCCGUCAUGGACAACCAGCAGAGUGUGCCAGCCACCAUGAACGCCAGGACAGAGCUCGACAGCCCCCGAGACCUCCUGGUGACAGCCUCCACAGAGACGUCCAUCUCCCUGGCCUGGACCCAGGCCAAGGGACCCAUUGACCACUACCGCAUCACCUUUACUCCGGCCUCAGGGAUGGCCUCCGAAGUGACAGUGCCCCAGGACAGGUCACAGCUCACCCUCUCAGACCUGGAGCCUGGAACAGAGUACACCAUCUCGAUCAUCGCUGAGCGGGGACGCCAGCAGAGCCAGGAGUCCACUGUGGAUGCAUUCACAGGGGUCCGGCCCAUCACCCAGCUGCACUUCUCCCACAUGACAUCCUCCAGCGUGAACAUCACCUGGAGCGACCCGUCGCCACCAGCUGACCGCCUCAUCCUGCACUACAGCCCACAGGACAAAGAGGAGGCACAGCAGCUCACACUGGAUGGCACCAGGAGACACGCAAGCCUGACGGGGCUGCAGCCGGCCACCGAGUACCAGGUGUCGCUGGUGGCCGUGCACGGCACAAUCAGUUCAGAGCCCAUCGUGGGCUCUGUAACUACAGGGAUCGACGCUCCAAAGGACCUCAGAGCGGGCAACGUGACCCAGGACUCCAUGAUCAUCUACUGGAGCCCUCCCAUCGCCACUUUUGACCACUACAGAAUAUCCUACCGAGCUGCAGAAGGGAGGACGGACACCACCGCGAUCCCCCGCGAUGCUACCGAAUACACCCUCCACCGCCUGCAGCCCGCUACGGAGUAUGAGAUCACUGUGAAGAGCGUGCGGGGCCGGGAGGAGAGCGAGCUGGCCUCCCUCAUCGUGCACACAGCCAUGGAUGCCCCCUUGGGUGUCACUGCCACUAACGUCACCCCCACUGAGGCCCUGCUGCAGUGGAACUCACCACUAUCGGACGUGGAGAACUACGUCAUCAUCCUCACCCACUACACAGUCACAGGAGAAACAAUUCUUGUGGAUGGAGUCAACCAGGAGUACCAGCUGACUGACCUUCUGCCCAGUACCACCUACACCGUCACCAUGUAUGCUACCAAUGGGCCCUUCACCAGCCAGACCAUCAGUACCAACUUUACAACUCUUUUGGACCCUCCAACAAAUCUGACUGCAAGCGAAGUCACCCGACAGAGUGCCCUUCUGUCCUGGAUGCCUCCAAUGGGAGAGAUUGAGAACUACAUCAUGACCUACAGAUCAACUGAUGGAAGCCAUAAGGAGCUGAUUGUGGAUGCCGAAGACACCUGGAUCCGCCUGGAGGGGCUUUCGGAGACAACAGAGUACACCGUGCGCCUGCAGGCUGCCCAAAACGCCAUGCGGAGUGGCUUCACCUCCACCACCUUCACCACAGGCGGUCGUGUCUUUGCUAAUCCUCAGGACUGCGCCCAGCACCUGAUGAACGGUGACACACUGAGUGGAGUCUACACCAUCUCCAUCAACGGUGACCUCGGCCAGAGGGUGCAGGUGUACUGCGACAUGACCACCAACGGAGGAGGGUGGAUCGUAUUCCAGAGGCGGCAGAACGGGCUGACAGAUUUCUUUCGGAAGUGGGCAGAUUACCGGGUCGGCUUUGGAAACCUGGAAGAUGAAUUUUGGCUAGGCUUGGACAACAUCCACAAGAUCACCUCCCAGGGGCGCUACGAGUUGCGAAUAGACAUGAGAGACGGCCAGGAAGCAGCAUAUGCCUACUACGACAAGUUCUCCAUCGGUGACUCCAGGAGCCUGUACAAGCUCCGAAUAGGAGACUACAACGGGACCUCUGGGGAUUCCCUCACCUACCACCAAGGCCGCCCCUUCUCCACCAAGGACAGGGACAACGACGUCGCUGUGACCAACUGUGCCAUGUCAUACAAAGGGGCCUGGUGGUACAAGAACUGCCACCGGACCAACCUCAAUGGCAAGUACGGAGAGUCCCGGCACAGUCAGGGGAUUAACUGGUACCAUUGGAAAGGCCACGAGUUCUCCAUACCCUUUGUGGAAAUGAAGAUGCGACCCUACAACCACCGUAACAUCUCUGGGAGGAAGCGACGGUCCCUACAGCUCUGA